GCCUAGUGGCCAGAGAGAUGGAAGGGCAAGGAGGGCGCAGGUGGAGCAGUCGGGUGGGGACUGAGAAGAGGGCUCCAGUGCAGAAACCUCUGGGGCCACACUUUCCCAAGACACCAGCAGCUAAAGAAUUGGGGGAUGAAGGAGCCCAGGCUGAGCAGCGGACGGGAUGCACGGUCGGCAGUCUCGCCGGUGGUGGCUCGGUGAGCCGCUGCUGUGAGGGACAAGCGAGGGGGCCCGAGAGUCCAGAACUGCCGGACUGCCAGGGGGAGCCCACCGGCCCUGCCGGAGACGGCGCGGACGGAGUCCCGGAGCUGCGCACGGAGCAGGUGCCGAGGCGCGGGCGCCGCCCGUGGUCCAGCCUCCUGAACGAUGCCAGCCCCGGGCACCCUGACCUCCAGCCUGGCCCUCCUGCUGCUGCUGGCCGUAGCCAGAGCAGGACCCUUCUCCCCUCGGCCCAAUGUGACGCUCGAAGCCCCGCGGCCCCCUCCCCACCCUGGGGGCCGAGCAGCAGGGGCAGGAGAGGGGAGCCGCCCUUCUCAGCACUAUGAACACACGGUGGAGGGGGGCGAGAAGCAAGUGGUCUUCACCCACCGCAUUAACCUCCCACCUUCCGGGGGCUGUGGCUGUGCCCCGGGCGCCGAGCCCCCCGCCCCUGCCUCCGAGGUGCAGGCCCUUCGGGUCCGGCUGGAGGUUCUGGAGGAGCUGGUGAAGGGGCUCAAGGAACAGUGCUCCGGGGGAUGCUGUCCCUCGGCCGCCCAGGCGGGCACAGGCCAGACAGACGUGCGCAGCCUCUGCAGCCUCCACGGCGUGUUCGACCUGGGCCGCUGCGCAUGCUCCUGCGAGCCAGGCUGGGGCGGGCCCACCUGCUCCGACCUCACCGGGACGCCCGCCUCCUCCCCGACCCCCGCACCCAGGUCUUGCCCGGACGACUGCAACGACCAGGGCCGCUGCGUUCGCGGGCGCUGCGUGUGCUUCCCCGGCUACGCCGGCCCGAGUUGCAGCUGGCCCUCCUGCCCCGGGGACUGCCAGGGCCGCGGGCGCUGCGUGCAGGGCGCGUGCGUGUGCCGCGCCGGCUUCUCGGGCCCCGACUGCAGCCAGCGCGUCUGCCCCCGGGGCUGCAGCCAGAGGGGGCUCUGCGUGGACGGGCGCUGCGUGUGCGACCCCGGCUACUCCGGCGAGGACUGCGGCGCGCGCGCCUGCCCGUGGGACUGCGGCGAGGGCGGCCGCUGCGUGGAUGGGCGCUGCGUGUGCUGGCCCGGGUACGCGGGCGAGGACUGUGGCACGCGCACGUGCCCGCGCGACUGCCGGGGCCGCGGGCGCUGCGAGGACGGCGAGUGCAUCUGCGACGCGGGCUACAGCGGCGACGACUGCGGCGUGCGCAGCUGCCCCGGCGACUGCAGCCAGCGGGGGCGCUGCGAGGACGGGCGCUGCGUGUGCUGGCCCGGCUACUCCGGGCCCGACUGCGGCGCCCGCGCCUGCCCGCGCGACUGCAGGGGCCGCGGGCGCUGCGAGGACGGCGUGUGUGUGUGCCACGCGGGCUUCGCCGGCGAGGACUGUGGCGUGCGCGGCUGCCCCGGGGACUGCCGAGGCCGGGGCCGCUGCGAAAGCGGCCGAUGCGUGUGCUGGCCCGGCUACACCGGCCGGGACUGCGGCUCGCGCGCCUGCCCGGGCGACUGUCGCGGCCACGGCCGCUGCGUGGACGGCGUGUGCGUGUGCGACGCGGGCUUCGCUGGCGAGGACUGCGGGAGCCGUCGGUGCCCUGGAGACUGUAGCGGGCGCGGGCGCUGCGAGAACGGCGUGUGCGUGUGUGAGCCCGGCUACACCGGCCCCUCCUGCGCCGUCCGCACCUGCCCGGCCGACUGCCGGGGCCGCGGGCGCUGCGUGCAGGGCGUGUGCGUGUGCCACGCGGGCUACGGCGGCGAGGACUGCGGGGAGGAGGAGCCUCCCGCCGGCGCCUGCCCCGGGGGCUGCGGGCCCCGCGAGCUGUGCCGCGCCGGCCAAUGUGUGUGCGUCGAGGGCUUCCGAGGCCCCGACUGCGCCAUCCAGACGUGCCCCGGGGACUGUCGCGGCAGGGGAGAGUGUCGCCAGGGCGGCUGCGUCUGCCUAGAAGGCUAUGCCGGGGAGGACUGCGGGGAAGAAGUGCCAGCCAUUGAGGGCAUGCGGAUGCACCUCCUGGAGGAGACCACGGUCCGGACAGAGUGGACGCCGGCUCCUGGCCCUGUCGAUGCCUAUGAGAUUCAGUUCAUCCCCACGGUGGAGGGAGGGGGCCCCCCAUUCACGGCGCGGGUGCCCAGCUCUGCCUCCGCCUAUGACCAGAGAGGACUGGCCCCUGGCCAGGAGUACCAGGUCACUGUCCGUGCCCUUCGAGGGACCAGCUGGGGCCCUCCUGCCUCUAAGGCCAUCACCACCAUGAUCGAUGGCCCUCAGGACCUCCGCGUGGUGGCUGUGACACCAACCACACUGGAGCUCAGCUGGCUGCGCCCCCUGGCCGAGGUGGACCGAUUUGUGGUGUCCUAUGUCAGUGCGGGCAACCAGAGGGUGCGGCUGGAAGUCCCCCCCAAAGCAGACGGGACACUGCUGACUGACCUGAUGCCAGGGGUGGAAUACGUGGUGACUGUCACAGCAGAACGGGGCCGGGCGGUCAGCUACCCAGCCUCCGUCAGGGCCAACACAGGGACCUCCCCCUUGGGAGCCACUGAUGAGCCUCCUCCGGCUGGCCCCUCCACGACUCAAGGGGCAGAGGCCCCCCUGGUGCAGCGCCCCCAGGAGCUGGGGGAGCUGACGGCGCUGGGCAGAGAUGAGAUGGGGCGCCUCCACGUGGCCUGGACUGCCCAGCCCGAUACCUUUGACCACUUCCGGCUGCACCUGCAGGUGCCGGAGGGGUCCGGGGUGCACGAAGAGCUGCUCCCAGGAGACGUCCGCCAGGCUCUGGUGCCCCCACCCCCUCCUGGAGCCCCCUACCGGCUGCUACUUUAUGGGAUCCUUCCUGGCAACAAGCCCUCGGUUCCCAUCGCCUACCGAGGCAUCAUGGAUGAGGAGGAGGAGGAGCCGAGGAGGCCCCCAGGCCCACCCCGCCUGGAGGAGCUGACGGUGACCACGGGCUUGAGCUCCGACUCGCUGCUCCUGCGCUGGACGGUCGCCGAGGGGGAGUUCGACUCCUUCGUGAUCCAGUACAAGGACAAGGACGGGCCCCAGGUGGUCCCGGUGGAGGGGUCCCAGCGCUCAGCCCUGGUCACCGCCCUGGAGCCGGGCCGCAAGUACAAAUUCGCCCUGUAUGGGCUCGCAGGCAAGAAGAAGCACGGCCCCCUGGUGGCUGAAGCCAGGAUCUUGCUGUGGAAGGAGCCCAGCCCAGAAACCCCACCCCGCCUGGGAAAUCUGUGGGUAACAGACCCAACUGCAGACUCGUUGCGCGUCACCUGGACUGUUCCCGAGGGCCAGUUUGACUCCUUCAUGAUCCAGUACAGGGGCAGGGACGGGCGCCCCCAGGUGGUCCCUGUGGAGGGGCCGGAGCGCUCAGCCACGAUCUCCUCGCUGGACCCUGACCACAAGUACAGAUUCUCUCUGUUCGGGAUUGCCCACAGGAAGCGGUACGGCCCCCUCACAGCCGACGGCACUACUGCCCCGGAGCGGAAGGAGGAGCCGCCUCCCGAGCCUCCCGAGCCUCCCGAGCAGCCCCUCCUGGGGGAGCUGGCGGUGACCAGCGUGACCCCGGACUCCUUGCGCCUGUCUUGGACGGUGGCCCGGGGCCCCUUCGACUCCUUUGUGGUGCAGUACAAGGAUGCCCAGGGGCAGCCCCGGGCAGUGCAGGCUGGGGACAACGAGAAUGAGCUCUUGGUCCCCGGCCUAGAGUCCAACCGGAAGUAUAAAAUGAACCUCUACGGGCUUCGUGGCAGGCAGCGUGUGGGGCCGGUGUCCGUCGUGGCCAAGACAGCCCCACAGGAGAUGCCGGACCCCACAGAGCCCAGCACAGAGGCCCUGAAAACGCCCAGGGAGCCGCGCCUGGGGGAGCUGACCGUGACCGACGCCACCCCGGACUCCCUGAGCCUCUCCUGGACGGUCCCCGAGGGACAGUUUGACCACUUCCUGGUCCAGUACAGGGACGGGGACGGGCAGCCCAAAGCCUGUCGUGAGAACCUGGCUCUUGCUCUGAGGGAGCAGGGAGCCACCGAGGCGCCAGGGUCCCUCUGGCUGCAGGCCCGGCAGACCAUGGAGGUGGGGCUGAAGGAAGAGGUGCCCCUCUCACCUGCCCCAGCCCCACAGCCAGAAGAGACCCCUCCAGCCACCGAGCCCCCCCUGGAGCCCCGCCUGGGGGAGCUGACCGUGACCGAGGUGACCCCCAACUCCGUGGGCCUGGCGUGGACGGUCCCCGAGGGCGAGUUUGACUCCUUCGUGGUCCAGUACAAGGACAGGGAGGGGCAGCCCCAGGAGGUACCUGUGGCCUCAGACCAGCUCCGGGUCACUGUCCCCACCUUGGAGCCUGGGAGAAGGUACCAGAUGGACCUAUAUGGGCUCCGUGGCCAGCACCGCGUGGGGCCCCUGUCCGUGGUGGCUGAGACAGAUCCGCUCCCGCCAGCCCCAGUCACUGAGCCCCCGCUGCAGCCCCGCCUGGGGGAGCUGACGGUGAGGGACGUGACCCCCGACUCCGUGGGCCUCCUGUGGACGGUCCCUGAGGGUGAAUUCGACUCCUUCGUGGUCCAGUACAAAGACAAGGACGGACAGCCCCAGUUGGUGCCAGUGACUGCAGGCCAGCGGGAGGUCACCGUCCCCGGCCUGGAGUCCUCGCGAAAGUACAAGUUUCUGCUGUUCGGGAUCCAGGACGGGAAACGACGCAGCCCAGUCUCUGUGGAGGCAAAAACAGCCCUCCGAGGGGACCCCAGCCCCGAGGCUCCACCCCGCCUCGGGGAGCUGUGGGUGACGGACCCCACCCCGGAUUCCCUGCGCCUCUCCUGGACCGUCCCCGAGGGCCGCUUCGACUCCUUCGUGGUCCAGUUCAAGAGCAAGGACGGGCCCCAGGCAGUGCCCGUGGAGGGCCACGUGCGCUCGGUCACCGUGUCCCCUCUGGACGCCGGCCGCAAGUACAGAUUCCUCCUCUACGGCCUCCUGGGCCGGAAGCGCCUCGGGCCCCUGGCAGCGGACGGUGCCACGGAGCCCCUGAGUGCCAUGGACCCGCCUAGGGAACAGCGUCCCCCGAAGCCCCAGCUCGGGGAGGAGCUGCAGGUGACCGGAGUGACCCCCGACUCCGUGGGGCUCGCGUGGACGGUCCCCCAGGGCCAGUUCGACUCCUUCGUGGUGCAGUACAGGGACAGCGCCGGGCAGCCCCGCGUGGUCCCCGUGGAUGGCAGCCUCAGGGAGGUCCGCAUCUUGGGCCUGGACCCCGCACGCAGGUACAAGCUGCUGCUCUACGGGCUGCUCCACAGCAAGCGCGUGGGUCCCCUCUCUGCCAUCGCCAUGACUGCCCCAGGGGAGGACACUGAAGCCGAGCCAGAGGCCCCGGGCCCCGUGCCCACCGAGCCUCGCCUAGGGGAGCUGACGGUGGAGGAGGCCACGCCGCACAGCCUGCGUCUUUCCUGGGAGGUGGCAGAGGGAGAACUUGAUGCCUUUGAGGUCCAGUACACAGACAGAGAUGGGCAACCCCACGUGGUCAACAUAGAGGGUCACCAGCAGGACGUCACCCUCGCUGGCCUGGAGUCCGAACACAGAUACCUGGUGACCCUGUACGGUUUCCAUGACGGGCAGCGUGUGGGUCCAGUCCACAUCGAGGCCCUGACUCUGCAACAGGAGGAGGAGGAGCCCAGAGAGCCCCCCACCACCCCCGAGCCUGCCCCAAAGCCACGCCUGGGGGAGCUGACCGUGACCGACACCACCCCGGACUCCCUGAGCCUCUCCUGGACGGUCCCCGAGGGACAGUUUGACCACUUCCUGGUCCAGUACAGGGACGGGGACGGGCAGCCCAAGUGGACGGUGGCCCAGGGCCGCUUCGACGCCUUCACCGUCCAGUACAAGGACGGGGCCGGGCGGCCGCAGGUGCUGCGCGUGGGGGCCGAGGCGAGGGCGGCCACCGUGCGGGGCCUGGACGCGGGGCGCAAAUACAAGCUGAACCUGUACGGGCUGCACCAGGAUGGGCGCACGGGCCCGGUGUCCGUCAUGGCCAUGACAGCCCCUGUGGAAGUACCUCCUGAUGUCCCUCUUCCAAAGCCACGCCUGGGGGAGCUGACCGUGACCGACGCCACCCCCGACUCCCUGAGCCUCUCCUGGACGGUCCCCGAGGGACAGUUUGACCACUUCCUGGUCCAGUACAGGGACGGGGACGGGCAGCCCAAAGUGGUCCAGGUCCCAGGGCACAAGGACGAGGUCACCGUCUCGGGGCUGGAGCCCGAUCACAAGUACAAGGUGACCCUGCACGGCUUCUACGGCGGCCAGCGCGUGGGCCCCGUGUCUGCUGUCGGGGUGACAGAUCCAGAGAGAAGCGAAACAAUGACCACAACGCAGACAGAGCCCCCCACCACCACCCCCGAGCCUGCCCCAAAGCCGCGCCUGGGGGAGCUGACCGUGACCGAUGCCACCCCAGACUCCCUGAGCCUCUCCUGGACGGUCCCCGAGGGACAGUUUGACCACUUCCUGGUCCAGUACAGGGACGGGGACGGGCAGCCCAAGUUUCCUGCUUUUAAUAAUUUUCUUAGGAGACAUGCCCAGAAAUGGGAUUAUUUGGUCACAGGGAAUGAGCACUCUUUUGUCUCCUGCUCUGCACUUCCCAGCCGCCUGAAGGAGUUUAGCUGCAGUGCCUGCUGCCCUACCUGUCCACCCAGAGCCCCACUCCUGGGGCUUCAGGAGCCACUGCUGAUGACAACAUCAGCACCCCAGGUCCCCUUACCCCUGUGUACCCCAUCUCUUCUCCCAGCACUGCAAGAGGCUGAGGAAGAGGAGCCCCCCAGCCCCACAGAGCCCAGCACAGAGGCCCCGGAGCCCCCCGAGGAGCCGCUCCUGGGGGAGCUGACAGUGGCAGACGCGUCCCCAGACUCCCUGAGCCUCUCGUGGACGGUGGCCCGGGGCCGCUUCGACGCCUUCACCGUCCAGUACAAGGACGGGGCCGGGCGGCCGCAGGUGCUGCGCGUGGGGGGCGAGGCGAGGGCGGCCACCGUGCGGGGCCUGGACGCGGGGCGCAAAUACAAGCUGAACCUGUACGGGCUGCACCAGGACGGGCGCGCGGGCCCGGUGUCCGCUGAGGCCGUGACGGCCGCCCUGCCCACGCAGCCCCCUGCAGAGCCCCUCCUGGGGGAGCUGGCUGUGGCCUCCGUGACCCCGGACACAGUGCGCCUGUCGUGGGCGGUGGCCGAGGGCCCCUUCGACUCCUUCCUGGUGCAGUACAGGGAUGCACAGGGCCAGCCCCAGGCGGUGCCUGUGAGCGGGGACCUCCGCCAGGUCACUGUCUCGGCUCUGCACCCGGCCCGGAAGUACAAGUUCCUACUCUUUGGACUCCAGGAUGGGAAGCGCCAUGGCCCAGCUUCCGUGGACACAAAGACCCUCCCAGACACAAAUCCCUCUCCUCGCCUGGGGGAGCUGACGGUGACUGACACCACCCCUCACUCCGUGGGGCUGGCAUGGACGGUCCCCGAGGGCGAGUUCAACUCCUUUGUGGUCCAGUACAAGGACAAGCGUGGGCAACCCCAGAUAGUGCCGGUGGCCGCAGACCAGCACAAGGUCACCAUCUCUGGCCUGGAGCCGAAUAAGAGAUACAAGUUCCUGGUCUACGGCCUGGCGGGCCGGAAGCGGCUGGGCCCCAUCUCUGCCGAAGGCGCCACAGCUCCCCUGGAGGAGACUCCGCAGCUCCCUCCCCGGCUGGGGGAGCUGGCCGCCAGAGGGGAGACCCCAGACUCCCUGCGCCUGUCAUGGACGGUGGCCCAGGGCCCCUUCGACUCCUUCCUGGUGCAGUACAGGGACACGCAGGGCCAGCUGCAGGCAGUGCCGGUGGCUGCAGACCAGCGAGAAUUUGCCGUGGAGGGCCUGGAGCCAGGCAGGACAUACGAGUUCCUGCUCUACGGACUCUCGGGAGGACAGCGCCUGGGCCCCGUCUCUGCCCUGGGGGCCACAGCCCCAGAAGAGGACGCUCCAGCCCCGGAGGACCCAGAGCCCCCAGAAGCCCCUCGCCUGGGGCUGCUGGCAGUGACCGAGGCAACGCCAGACUCCCUGCGCCUCUCGUGGAGCGUGGCCCAGGGCCCCUUCGACUCCUUCGUGGUCCAGUACGAGGACACACACGGACAGCCCCAGGCCUUGCUGGUGGACGGCAAUCAGAGCAAGGUCGUCAUCUCCAGCCUGGAGCCCAGCACUUCCUACAGGUUCUUCCUCUACGGGCUGCACGAAGGGAAGCGCCAGGGGCCCAUCUCCACGGAGGGCACCACAGGACCUCCGCCUGCCGGCCAGACCCCGGGGGACCCAGGGCCGCGCCUGUCCCGGCUGUCGGUGACUGAUGUGACCACCAGUUCCCUGCGACUCGACUGGGAGGCCCCACUCGGCGCCUUCGAUUCCUUCCUGCUCCGCUUUGGGGUGCCCACGCCAAGCACCCUGGAGCAGAGGCCUCGUCCUCCGCUGCAGCGGGAGCUGAUGGUGCCGGGCACGCGGCGCUGGGCCGUGCUGCGGGACCUGCGGCCCGGGACCCUGUACAGCCUGACCCUGUAUGGGCUGCGCGGGCCUCACAAGGCCGACAGCGUCCAGGGCACUGCCCGGACCCUGAGCCCAGUGCUGGAGAGCCCCCGUGACCUCCAGCUCAGCGACAUCCGGGAGCGGUCAGCCACGGUCAGCUGGACACCACCGCCAUCCAGGGUGGACAGCUUCAAAGUUUCCUACCAACUGGCAGACGGAGGGGAGCCGCAGAGCGUGCAGGUGGACGGCGGGGCCCACACCCACCGCCUGCAGGGGCUGACCCCCGGCGCUCGCUACGAGGUGACGGUGGUCUCCGUGCGAGGCUUUGAGGAGAGCGAGCCCCUCACGGGCUUCCUCAGCACGGUUCCCGACGGCCCCACCCAGCUGCGGGCCCUGAACUUGACUGAGGGCUCGGCCCUGCUGCACUGGAUGCCCCCCCGGACCCCCGUGGAUAAAUACAACGUCCGGGUCACAGCCCCUGGGGCCGCGCCUCUGCAGGGCUCGGCCCCGGGCAGUGCCGUGGACUACCCGCUGCGCAGCCUGCUGGUGCGCACCAACUACACCGCCACCGUGCGCGGCCUGCGGGGCCCCAACGUCACCUCCCCCGCCAGCAUCACCUUCACCACGGGCUUGCAGGCUCCCCAGGACUUGGAGGCCAAGGACGUGACCCCCCGCACGGCCCUGCUCGCCUGGACGGAGCCCCAGGCCCCUCCCACGGGCUACCUGCUCACCUUCGGCGCCCCCGGCGGGCGGACCCAGGAGAUCGCACUGCCGGCCGGGGUCACCUCGCACCGGCUUCUCGGCCUCUUCCCUUCCAGCCGCUACAGUGCCCGGCUGCAGGCCGUGUGGGGCCAGAGCCUCACGCCACCCCUGGCCACCUCGUUCACCACUGGCGGACUUCCGGUCCCCUUCCCCCGGGACUGCGGGGAGGAGAUGCAGAACGGGGGCGGCUCCCGGGCCACAACCAUCUUCCUCGACGGCAACCGCGAGCGGCCCCUGAGCGUGUUCUGCGACCUGGAGACCGACGGGGGCGGCUGGCUGGUGUUCCAGCGCCGCGUGGACGGGCGGACGGACUUCUGGAGGGACUGGGAGGACUACGCCCACGGCUUUGGCAACGUCUCCGGGGAGUUCUGGCUGGGCAACGAGGCCCUGCACAGCCUGACGCAGGCGGGCGACUACUCCAUGCGGGUGGACCUGCGCGCCGGCGAUGAGGCCGUGUUCGCCCAGUACGACUCCUUCCGGGUGGACUCGGCCGCCCAGUACUACCGCCUGCACCUGGACGGCUUCCACGGCACGGCAGGGGACUCCAUGAGCUACCACAGUGGCAGCGUCUUCUCCGCCCGCGACCGGGACCCCAACAACCUUCUCAUCUCCUGUGCCGUGUCCUACCGCGGGGCCUGGUGGUACCGGAACUGCCACUAUGCCAACCUCAACGGGCUCUACGGCAGCGCGGUGGACCACCAGGGAGUGACCUGGUACCACUGGAAGGGCUUUGACUUCUCCGUGCCCUUCACGGAAAUGAAGCUGAGGCCGCGAAGCUAUCGGCCCCCUGCCCAGGGAGGCUGAGCUGCCGCCCACCUUUCCUGCACCCCAGGAGGACUGCCGAGCACUGGGGGGUCGCGCCCAGAGGAGCUCCGGGAAGUCUUCUCUGCCCGCGGUCUCACAGCACCAUGUUUACAGGGGGGAGGGGAGGGUUUGUAUGGGAGCAAUAAAGGAGAAACUGAGGCACA